GUCCCCUGCAACGAAAUUGACCCGACAAAGCUUGCAGGAUCCAAUUCGCAUUCGCUCGCCACAAACACAACAUCGUCAUCAUCCGAGUAACGAAAAACCUGCUUGACCAUGGUCGAGUAGAAUCUUUUUUUCUCUGAGACGAUUUUCAAGUAAAUCUUGAUUCAGUUCGAAUAACAUCUCUGUUUCAUACGAUGCUUAAAGCUGUACAGAUUCUCGGUUCAUCUUCUGGGCUUAUUCCACUAAGAUUGAAGAAGCCGCACAACGCCGGCGGUGGUCUUUCUUUCAUCUCUGUUUCUCCCAAACCGGUGUCUCCGCUAUCUUGUUCCGGGAGCAAGAAAAUCUCAAAUUCUGUGCUCUUGCGUGCCUUUUCUAUUCGGAGAACUCGUUUUAGAUCGAUUCGAAUGUACGCGACUAGGGCCGACUCAGAACCAGAUGGCAGUUCUCCUUCUACAUCUUCUUCUACAUCGUCCCUUGUGGGUCAGUCAACUGAAAUUGUUCGUAAGAUCAAAUUCUGUCAGUGGUGUGGCGGUCCAACGAAGCAUGAGAUACCAGACGGAGAGGAGAAGAUGAGAGCUAUCUGCAUGCAUUGUGGGAAAAUUGCAUAUCAAAACCCUAAAAUGGUUGUUGGCUGCCUUAUCGAGCAUGAGAAAAAAGUUCUACUCUGUAAGCGUAACAUUCAACCAUCUCAUGGUCUAUGGACUCUUCCUGCUGGUUACAUGGAAAUGGGAGAGUCAGCUGCUGAAGGAGCAAUUAGGGAGACUUGGGAAGAGGCAGGUGCUGAAGUGGAAGUUUUGUCACCUUUUGCACAAUUGGACAUCCCUCUUAUUGGACAAACUUACCUUAUAUUCUUAGCAAAGUUGAAGAAGCCACACUUCUCACCAGGUCCAGAAUCAUUAGAGUGUCGUCUUUUUUCGCUGGAUGAUAUACCUUUUAAUUCUCUGGCAUUUUCAUCAAUUUUUGUUACAUUAAAUUUGUAUGUUGAAGAUGUUAAAAAUGGAAAAGUGAAGUUUCACUAUGGUGUUAUCAAUAAAAGGUGUACUUCUGUUUUUCAUCAUUUGAAACAUAAUAUUUCCAAGAAUUGUUGCAGCAGAUGAGAAUAGUUGUUGGCUAUUAGCAUGUGAAAGGAGCACAACUUUUUAGAUCAAGCUCUUAGUAGUGACAGUGAGGGCUUCAGUUUUUGAAUAGUUCAAAUCUCCCCAUCUAGAAAUAUAUUUUGGAUUCAGAAUGGGGUGCUGAUUGUGGUGGCUUGAUGAAACUGGUGGUUAUGCUUUUGUGUGUGUCAGGCAUCUGGUGCAGAGAUGCUUAUUUGUUAUAAAGGACUUUAUGGAGGAGCACACUGUCGGUUGUCCCCCUCCUCCUAAUCCUAAUUGCCUUUUCUGCUGAUAUGACAUGGCUAAAAUGAUCUAUAGUCUAUAUUUGGAGAAAAUGAUUUUUAUUUGUGGACUUUCAUUUUGAAAUCUAAUCAUAGUUGAUGAGAAUUCCUUUCAAAUUGAUAAAAAUUAAUAUCUUAGACAGGAGUUAGAUAAUGUAUUUCAAAUUGAAUUUAGAAAUGGUAAAACUUUAAAUACAUUGUCUGAUUCACUUGAAUUUGUCUUGGACAGAAAUUUUAUUAUUUUAGGAAGAAUUUUCAUUUAUUUGUAAUUUCGAUGAAUUAAGCUCAUUCGUUCUAAAUAUAGCAAUGUAAAUUUCCGAAGGGUAGAGAAGGCUCAUGUAAUUGAAUUGAAUGCUUUGGCCAUUUGGAUUCAUAUAAGAAAUACCAUCUGCAUUGUAAAUCUGCUGUUGAUCUCAUGCAGGUCUGUGUUCAAUUAGUUGCAAUAAAAUUGGGAUGAGCUGGCUGGAUGUACUACCAGCUAAUCAC